CAUCAAAACGACGCAAACGAGCUGCCUCGCGGCCAUGAAACGAGGGCGAGGCCAGCUAAGUGUCGUCGCGGUUUCUCUUUCUCUUCCGUCUAUUUUCGUUCGUCGGAGAUGACAGCCCGCGCCGUUCAUUCCAGAGAAGAAGUUGCCCGUACAACUCAUUCGCGACGUGGACGGUGCAGAAUGGAGACGUAAAGGAGCGAUAAAGAAAUAGGAGACGUUGGUGCCUUUCGACGGAGAGGAAGAGGCGCUCAGUGCUGGGAGAAUUUUUGUCAACCCGCCUACUCGUCCAGUGUUGAAGCUCGAGUAUAUCAGCGGCUGCCGUAUGGAGUUGUUCUUCGGACUGCCGGAAUGGGUAGUCCUCGUGGGGACAGUUUGUUUUCCAAUUUACCUGUACGUGUCAUGGAAUAGAAACUACUGGAAAAACCAGAAUGUAGUGUCGGAACCAUUUUCCUUUCCAUUUGGCGCCACUUGGAAAUUAUUUAUCACGCCCACGUGCCAGCUUGAUUCUGAAAGAUACAAACGAUAUGGAAAGGUUUUCGGCACCUUCGAAAUGGGAAAGGCGGUCUUGUUUGUCGGAGAAGCAGAAUUGGUCAAGCAAGUUCUAGUCGAAGAUUUUCCAUCACUUCCCAACCGAAGGACCCUAAACUUCAACGACCCCGUGUUGGACAACAUGAUGAGCAUGGCACCCUUUGAACGGUGGAGGAAUAUUCGCAUGCCGGUGGCGCGGGCAUUCUCCACUGAAAACUUGCAAAAGAUGAAUUCUUUGAUCGAAGACUGCGCGUUAGUAACGACAGAUCAUCUGAAGAAAGCGGCGUCGGAUGAAGAGGACAUCGAUAUCAUAAAGUUCUUUGGGAACUACGCUCUGGACGUGAUUGCAAGAUGCGUAUUCGCCAAACGGAUAGACUCUCAAUCUGACAGGAAGAGCGACUUCGUCGUGCAGUCAAGGCAGGCUCCUUCAGGGCGUCUUACGCUGCGUGUCUUCGUGUAUUUUCUGUUUCCGUUCAUAGCAAGAGCAACUGGCCUUCGACCGCUCAGCCCAAGCGUAUUAAAAUACUUCAGGAGCAUAGGCCAGAAUAUCAUGAAAAGCACGCAGAAGAAGGAACCACAAGAUGAGAACUUUCUUCGUUUGUUUCUGAGCCCCCAAGAAGAACGUGAAAAAGCCCCGGAUACUCCCUUUGAGAGGGACCAGCGGCUGUUCAACCUUGGCUAUGAUUUGAAGCCAGACCCAUCAUUAUACUCUUUUGAAAAGCUUAAUGAAGACCAAGCCAUGGCCCAGUGUUUGCUUUUCUUCAUUGCUGGCCAAGAAACUACUGCAAGAGUGAUCGCCUACACGUUGUAUUUGCUAGCUAUUCAUCCAGACGUACAAACACAAUUGAGGAAGGAAGUCGACGAGUGUUUUGCAACUCAUGGUGAUCAUCCCGACCUGGAAGCUAUUACGAAGCUAAAGUAUCUGCACUGCGUCAUCACAGAGUCUCUUAGGAUGUACCCGGCAAUUUCGAGACUUGAGCGAGUGCCUUGCUGUGACUACACACUGGGAGACAUAGGAGUGAAACUGAAGCAGGGUGAUUUAAUCACAAUUCCUGUUUACGCCAUGCACCACGACCCGCAAUACUUUCCUGACCCAUGGACGUUCAAGCCGGAAAGGUUCAACGACGAGAAUGUCGCUUCAGUUCAACCGUACACGUACCUCCCAUUCGGCGGUGGACCGCGCAACUGCUUAGCAUAUCGCUUUGCCCUCCAAGCUGUGAAGCUUUCUGUGAUUCACACCAUUCGCAAUAUCCAGGUGGUUCGGACCGAGAAAACCAGUGUUCCCUUGGAAUUCAAGAAUGGUUUCGGCCUCCUUACUGCGAAGGAGAUAAUUUUGGGCGUAAGGAAACUGCCCUAGCUUGGCCGCCAUGCUUCUGCUAAAAUCACCUCACACGCCAUAGCCUCAAAGUCGUCAUGCAGCGCUCAUUCUCCGUGCAAUGUACACUUAGUGGUGCUUUCAUCUGUAUGUUUAAGCAGUGAAAUAUUACCGAGAACGGGGAGCUGUACGAGCGCAUCUCGUGCGAAAAUAAAGCACCGAUUUAAGAUCACGACAAUGUAGUCCUUUCUUCGACGUCAUCUCACUAUACGUUGCCUUUGGCUUCGCUUCCGUGAUCGAGUUCGAUUUCGGUCUCGACUUUGUUAGUUUGUUGAUUUAUUUAUUUAUACGUACUGUCGGUCCAAACCAGGACCAAGACAUCAGUGGGAAAGCAAUAAUAAUUAAACGUACAUUACACAGUAAAUA